GUUCUCGUCAAGAUGCAUUCGUCGGUGCUGCUGUUCUGUGCUACCGUUCUGCUCGCUACCUUCACGGUUGGCCAGCCGCUGAACGAUGAGCAGGUGAAGAAGGCGGAAGGAUUUGCCGUUGGGUGUUUGGAGCAGUUUAAAACGCUGAACAAGGAACACUUGGUGCUGUUGCGCGAUGGUGACUUCUCCAAGGUGGACGGUGAGACCAAGUGUUUCCUGCGGUGCUUCCUGCAGCAGGCCAAGUUUAUGGACGCGGCCGGCAAGCUGGAUGCGGACUACGUGAUCGAGCGGCUCUCGGUGACGCAGGAGAAGGCGAAGGUUGAGGCGCUGGUGAAGAAGUGUGGCGUUGAGCCACAUCCGUCCGAUAGCUGCGAGACCGCCUUCCGGGCCGUUGAGUGUUACCAUCGCGAGAAGGCAUCGCUGCUGUGAAAGGAGA